AUGAGCUACUACGAUCAUCAGCAACAGCCUCCAGUGGGUGUUCCUCCCCCACAAGGGUAUCCUCAGAAAGACGCUUAUCCUCCACCGGGUUACCCUUCACAAGGUUAUCCUCCACAAGGGUACCCUCCUCAACAAGGCUAUGGCUAUCCACCACCACAACAGUAUGCUCAACAGCCUCCUCAAAGACAAGAAGUUGGUUUUCUUGAAGGAUGUUUGGCUGCACUGUGCUGCUGUUGUAUGCUAGAUGCUUGCUUUUAG